UGGUGGAGUUGGACGAGAGUCCGGAGGGGCGCCCUGUGCGCCGGAGACAACCGGGCCGGCUGGGCCAUCCGCUGCGCCCGGAGCGACGCCGCCGCCUCGGCCGACGAGGGACGAGCCAACCAGGCAGGAGCCGGCGAGGGACGAGCCGGCGCGCACGGAGGGCGCCGACUCGCACGCGCUGGUGAGGACGGAGGGCGCAGCGGGCCCGUCUGAGGGCCUUCAUGUGGCCAAGGGUGCCCGGCUGGUGGCUGUGCCAUCCGCCUCCGACUCCAGCUUUGGCUCGGCAGGAACCAUGGAGAGGGCAUGGCAUCAGGCGAACUCCUGCGAGGUACUCAGCCGGGAGGGGCAGCCUGGCACGGCGCCCAUGAAGAUGCUUUUCUCCGGCUAUCGGGCCAGCCUCAAGACCAAGGCCGCCGAGACCCUUGCCCAGCUGGCGACGCUGGAGGAUGCUGAGAAGACGGUUGAGGAGCGGCGCACCUUCUUGUACAACCAGGUGGUGACCAGCUACCACAAGGCUAAGAUCGAGCGAGCCGGCUUGGCUCGCGAGCUGGAGGCUGUCAAGGUUGAGGCCGCCAAGGUCCCGCAGCUGGAGUCGGAUCUCCGAGCCGCUCGCGCGCAGUGCGCCGAGAGCGAGGAGGCGGGCCGAUCUGCCGCAGCCAAGCUCAAGCUGGCUGAGCAGGAGCUGACACGGCUGCGCCUGCUGGAGAAGAACCACAUCACCGAGCUCAACUCCCUCAGGACGGCGGAGAAGGAGAAGGUGGAUGAUCUGAGCCGGCGGCUGUCGGAGGUGGAGAAGCAGCGGCUUGUGCUGCAGGAGGAGGUCACUGCCAAGUCCACAGAGCUGACGGCUACCGCCAAACGCUGGACUGAUGACUUUAGCGCGCUUGAUCGCGGCUUGGCGGCGGCCUUCCCGGAGACGCAGGAGGCGGCUUUGGCAGCCGUUGGCGUCGCGCGCGAUUCCAGGAGGCGGGAAACCGGCGAGGGCAGCUCGGAGUACUUCUCCAUGGAGGACCAUCUGGCGUCCAUGGCUGCCCGCAUCGAGCCCGUCACCAAGCUCGGCUGGGAGCUGCGGAAGGCGGCCGAAGAGCUGGUGCCCAUGCUGUGGCCUGGGGAGGCGGUGCCGCAAGACAUCUCCGGCCUCAUCUCCGCGAUGGAGCGGGCGCCGGACCGCUUCCUCGACUGGAAGGAGUCGGCCACGCGCGCCGGUGCCGACAUGGCGCUGUCCUUCGUCCUCUCCUGGUACAACGAGGUGGACCUGGGGCAGCUGGAGUCCCGGCGAGCCGGCGUGGAGACCAAGCUCCCAGCCGAUCUCAAGGCCGCCCGCCUCGCUCGAGCCAGCACCAUCGCCGAGUUCGUCGACAAGACCCUCUUCGUCGCGGAUCCGAACCCUCCUCCAUCCAAUGAUGAAGAAUACAUGGAUGAGGAGGAGGCGGAAGACGUGCCUGAGGACGACCCGGCCGCCGGCUCCACUGAUGCCCCUCCGGCUUAGAUUUCCUGCUUUUCAGUUGUUCUUUUGCAAGACAAUUUAUUAAAUCCCCGGGAUGCCGGGUGCAGAUGUAAGACAAUAUUAUCGCCUUUUAUUAAGUCACACUUUAGUGUGUUUGUUAA